CGCACGCCCUGAGAGGUCCAAACAUGAAAUUUGAAGGAGAUUCAUGGGCGUAGUGCGGACAUGCAAUCGAGCGUCAGCGUACGUCAGCACUGGAGGAUUUGACUCCAUGCUACUCAUUUGGAGACCAGGAGAUCGACAGAGAGCCGGAUCGUGCCGAAACGACCCUUCCGCGCCGCUCGCCGAGCUCAUCACAUGAUGUCACGGAUCGCGUCACACACCGCAUUCCCUUUUGCUAAUUUGCGUUUCGACCUCUUGAACCAACUUCCGUCUGUUUUUUCUGCGUCUCUUGAGCCGAGAAUGGAUAUCCCAGGGCCCACCAAAUCUCUUAUCGACCACCUAUUGUCUUGUCGACUCCCGCGGCUUGGCCGCUAUUGUACUCGAUCAAGACAUGCCAGCUAGCGACGGCCCCAGCGACCUUGUUCUUGUCAUUGUAAAAGAGUCUCAGAUUACUUUAGUGUCCCCCCCCUUCACGUGAAUUAUGUCUGCCUCCGCCUCCACGCCUCCCACCCCCGAUUCCACGACCCCCGCCGGGCCCGACGCGAACUGCGAAUCUGCCUUCUUCCUCUUCCAGAUCGACGCAGUGGCGUCACUGCCCGCAGACGUAUCGGAAGACCAGAUCGCAAUCCGUGCAUGUAGAGAGCUUCGCACGCGGCGAUACCCUGCUGUCGCGCUGAAUCCAGCGCAUAUAACACGAGAUCCUUCUCGGGUCACGAUCUCGCUCUUGUCUGAUGUGCAACAGCGCAUUUUCCCGGCAGUCGGUGCUGAACAGGACAUGGUCGUCCCCGUUCUACCUGUGUUUUUGGAACACGCCCGGAGUCCCCGAAGACCGCUGAAGACAACGAAUUUCCUGCCAUGGGAAGGUUGCUAUCUAUCCAUAUUCUGGCAGAUCUCCGUGAAUCUCAGAGGUGUCUCCUCGUCACACCCACAAUCCAAAUUCUCUUUAUGCGAAACGGAGCGUUUACGCGCUUUGGCUUGCCUAGAGGAGGAUGAAAUCCAACGCCGGAGGAUAAUAGAUGAAUGGACCGCGCAUUCGCUACCUUCGGGUUACAGGUUUCAGGCACAGCGAUCAUUCCCCGCGUUGUAUGCGAAUGCGAAUACAGCCAUCUGCGGUAGCAUCACAGAGAGCCUCUCCAAAGUGAAAAAGAUCUCGUCUCCCGCGCUCCUCUUCAAGGAAAUAGCCGCGAUCGAGAAUAUUGUGGCGAUGGCGCGGAGAAGGAUUGCGCAUCUCGAAGAUCUUACGGAAACGCGCAAGCUAUUGGCGCCGCGAAUGAAACUCAAAGAUGUUGAGUGUCACGCGGCUUUCAUUCACCCUCCGUCGCAGACGACUUGCGUGACCGGAGAAGAUAAUUUGACACAGCACACGACUCGUCAAGCUCAAAUACAACUCCCGCCGGUCAUAAUCGUCACUGAUUUCAGCUCCAUUUCUUUUGAUAGAAGCUUCUAUUCCUGCACCAGCACAAUAACAACCGCCGCAACGGACUCGACAAACCUCGACAACCAGUCCAACGAUAGUUCAAUGGGGAUCACGACCGUCGAGGGAGCCACCGUCGAGUUCAAGCCUACCUCAAAAUGUGUUCGGCGCGCGCGAGUGGCCGAGGUGGACACCCCCACCAUCUCUUUGCCAGGCCUAAUCGCCGUAAUAGCCAGAAAGAUCAGGAGGAUUCCGAGAAUCGUCCGGGGAAGAUAUCGACAUCGACGAUCUCCAGGUGCAACAGAACUGAGCACGCAUGGCUUACAGACUCUCGCUCAAAGUCGAACAUUCCCCAUUUUUAGCCGAAAGUUGCCUUCAAAAGGCAAUGUCGAGCUUUACUGGAUCCGGUCGACGGCCGGUCCGAAUCGAGUCAAGUUGCCUCGUCCCGUCACCAUGUCCAGCAUCGAACCAUCCGAGGCUCUUUUUGACCAAGUUCAGACCGUGCUGGCGAACUACCUGACUUCGUCCCCGCUGUACGCGCACCUACUAUCCACGAUCGCUCUCACGGCAGUCGAGAAGGGACACGUCACGCUCAGACUUGUCGUCCUCCCUGUGCACGUCAACUCUAAAUCCAUCCUCCACGGCUCACUCUCCGCCGCGAUCGUGGACCUCGUGGGCGGCCUGAUCGCUAUCGCCGCAGGCUCGCCCAAGACGGGCGUGUCGACGGAUCUGCACGUAUCGUUCGUCAGCAGCGCCAAGCUAGGAGACGAGUUGUAUAUCGAGGGCUUCGCCGAGCGCGUCGGGGGCACGCUCGCUUUCACGCGCGUCCGGAUCGAGAAAGUGGUGGACAGCGAGGGCGUGAAGGGCGGAGAAAGGGUCCUCGUGGCCACUGGGACGCAUACCAAAUAUGUCAAGUGAGUGGAGCGAAUGAAGUUGGACAACCACUCGUCAAAACGGUUGAUGGGCCUUUGCCUGUACGGGACCGAGUCUUCCAUCUGCCGCGCUGUUGGUAGCAUUCUUCUUACCUCCGCUUCGCUUCCGGUCCCCGUAAUGGGCUCCCAAUAUCAGCGUUUUGCUCCAGUUCUGUUUCAACCAUGGCAUCAAUCCAACCUGGAACGCUUGAACAUCACAAUCCGAAAAGCCCUGAAUCCGGCUAGAUUCGUGU